AGUGACGCUGACCCUGUCAGGUGGUCUCCUGGCAUGGAAGCCAGGGACAGGCGAGCCGGCGCAUGAGCUACGCCAAGCAAGCACCCCAUCCCGCUCCUGCACGGCUCCGGCUUUCAUUCAACCCACCGUCACGACAUCGUCAAUUGCGAUAGCUUACCUCGCGAGCUCCCGCUUCCCAAUACGCAGCCACCUUUCGACCCUUUGUUGCGCGGGUGCCGGCGCCCUUCAUUAUUCGAUUAUCCGCCCGCCUCUCGGACCAUCGUGUGUGACGGGCAGCCACCGCCUGCUCCCUCACCACCCAACAGGCCCUGGGCUUGACCGACAGACGCCUGCUCCUCCUCCAGCCAUCGUCGAGCCUCGCGCCCCGACCGACCGACGUGCCCGCGUGCUCCUCGCCCCCGGCGUCCACCGACUGCAAGGUGGCGCCCCCGACCUCGACGCGCCCACCAAGCUUCCGCUCCGCUCCUCAUGCCUGGCCCCAGCGACCCUUCGCCCUUGUCCUUUGCCAGAUGACCGUCGAUCUGGCCGCCGCGCGAUGGGACCAUUCAGCGGCAUCUCCCCCGGCGGGAGCAUAGCUCUGGGAAUCAUCGUCGGCCUGAUAUCGACGAGCGUCCAGAGCCUCGGCCUGACGCUCCAGCGAAAAUCGCACAUUCUCGAAGAUGAAAAGGGCCCGCACGAUGCGCGGCGCCCGCCGUAUCGGAGACGCAGAUGGCAGCUGGGCAUGGGCAUGUUCAUCAUCGCCAACCUGCUGGGCAGCACGGUGCAGAUCUCGACGCUCCCGCUGCCGGUGCUGUCGACGCUACAGGCGGCCGGCCUGGUCUUCAACUCGAUCUGCGCAACCCUGAUACUGAGCGAGCCCUUCACGCGGUGGUCGCUCUGCGGCACCGUCCUCGUCACGAGCGGCGCCAUCCUCAUUGCGAUAUUCGGCGCCAUCCCAUCCCCGGCCCACAAUCUGGACGAGCUGCUGGAGCUGCUCGCCCGCAAGCCGUUUGUCGCCUGGAUGAUCUUGCAGGCACUCUUCGUCGUCGGCACUGCCAUUUUGAUAGACGUCAUAAACCGAACCUCCAGCAUAUCACAUAAUUCUCGCUUCCGCUUGGCCCGCGGCAUCACGUACGGGGUCAUCAGCGGCGACCUGUCGGCCCAUGCCCUGCUCUUCGCCAAGUCGGCCGUCGAGCUGGUGAUCAAGACGGUCGGGGGCAACAACCAGUUUUCCCACUGGGAGUCGUGGGCCAUCGUCCUGGCGCUCGUCGCCCUCGCGCUGUGCCAGCUCUACUACCUACACCGCGGUCUGAAGCUCGUGUCUACCUCGGUUCUAUACCCGCUCGUGUUUUGCGUUUACAACAUCAUCGCCAUUUUGGACGGGUUGAUAUACUUUAACCAGACGAGCCUCAUCUCGGCGCUGCGCGCCUGCCUCAUCGCGCUCGGAACCGUCAUCUUGCUAUCGGGCGUGCUGGCGCUGUCAUGGCGGCUUAGCGACGAGCAACACGCGCCCGGCGUUGGCCAGUCGACACUGGCCCCUGGGCUAGGCCUCGUUGAGGAUACAGAGGGCGAAGAGGAGUCCCUCUUGGGGUCCGAGGAGGCGGCGGUCGAAGAAGAGGUCCCCACGUACCAAACGUUCCCAGACGUCAACGGCGAGACGUCGCCGCUCACGCCGACGCGCAAGAAGACUUUCCGCUGGGCAGAGCGGGCCGAGAUCUGGGGCGAGCUAGAGGAUCAGGAGGAGCCAACCACACCGGUGGGCAGGCUGCGCUCCAUUACGCUCCCGGGGCGGACGGAGUCUACACCGCUACUCUCCUCGGCUCGGAGGUCUGUGAGCGGCGCCAUUGGCGGCCGCGACGACGGCAGCGGUCCGAACAGUGAGGUGAACCCUCGCAAGCUUGGUCGCCGGCGGAGGAAAAGCACAGGCUUCCCCGGUCUCGUGGCGAGGCGCAAUGUGCGGAGAAGGGACUCGUCCGGUCCGGGCUCCGGUCUCGGGCCCGGCUCCAUACGAGACUUGCUCUCGCUGAGCUGGUGGACGCAACGCGGCAGCCGCGCCUCGGUGAGCAGCGCCGGCGCGCCGGGCAGUCCCUCGCAGCCGCGGCCCUCGAGCAGCGACCCAGACGACGGCCAGCCAGAGAGCGGCGGCGACAGGGGGCGCGGCGACUCGGCUGUAUGAGUUGGAAAGGGAUACACUCUUGUUUCUGUUUUGCGUCACUAUUCACGUCGGGCGGCAAAUGGCGAGGCGAAUAAGGCGUCCUAGAAUAUCGCAUACACGAUACGCACAUCCCGCUGAGACGGAGUCGUUCAAACAGCAGGGGUUUGGGCUGGAUUGAUCGGUGUACUCUGGAAGCGCGGAGCUGGCCGAGGUGCCAGACGGUCGAAGGCUCCUUGAUAAUAUACGAUUAUGCCUGAAUAGUUCUAUUCCCACUAUGCACCGAGAGCCACGAAUUUUAAUUACAACAAGCUAGACAGGAUGUGAGGGAGGGCCGCAGAACAGUGAGCGAG